AUGAAGUGGACGGUGGUGUGGUUGUGUUUCUUCAGUUUUUCUGUUGCAAUUCAAGCCAAACAGGUUCGCAACCAUGUCAACAACAUCUGCAGCACUUGGGGCAGACAGCACUUUAAGUCCUUUGAUGGUGAUGUGUACCAGUUUCCUGGCUUGUGUGAGUACAACCUGGCCAAGGACUGCCAUGGUUCUGACCCCAAGUUCUCAGUGAACCUUAAAAGGGAGGAAAAUGAUGGAAACAUUGCAAUAAGUUACAUAUUAAUAACUAUCAAUGAAAAUGCAUUCUUCCUAAACAAGACCCAUGUCACUGAAAACAGCCAACUAGUCAGCCUUCCACAUUACAGUAGAGGUGUAAGGGUGGAAGAAAGUGCAUUUUACAUCAGUUUUCAAGCUUCAAGAGUUGGCAUCACUGUCAUGUGGAACCGUGAAGAUGCAGUCAUGGUGGAAGUUUCAAAGAACUAUAGAAACAAAACCUGUGGACUUUGUGGAGACUUCAAUGGUGUUCCUGUCUAUGAUGAGUUCAUUGUCAAUGGUUUUAAAAUCAGCCCCAUUGAAUUUGGAAAUAGCCAUAAAAUUCAUCUACCAAAUGAUGACUGCAAAGACCCCCAUGAAGACGUAGACGAAUCAUGGAAGUCUGGAAAUGGUUUAAGUUCUUGCAAGAAUUUUCAAACCAGCUGUGAAAAAGCAUUUCUCUCCGAAUCCUGGAGUUCAUGCAAUGAACAAAUUGACCCUGAAGCUUAUAUUCAUGCAUGUGUCAUAGACAUGUGUGCCUGUAACAACGGUACCAGUGACUCCUGUGUUUGCAGCACAAUGUCUGAGUUUUCUCGUCAGUGUUCCCACGCAGGAGGACAGCCACCCAACUGGAGAUCUAAAUUGUGUGGUAAACAGUGUCCCUACAACAUGCAGUAUGAAGAAAGUGCUUUUCCUUGCAUGGAUACUUGCAAACAUCAGGACACAAAAUUAGUGUGUGAGGACCACAAAAUAGAUGGCUGCUUUUGUCCUUCCGGAACGGUGUUUGAUGAUAUUUCUGAGAGGGGCUGCAUCCCUCUGUCUGAAUGUCAGUGCAAGCAUGACAAAAUCUACAACUCCGGAGAGGUUUACCGUCAUGAAAAUGCAAACUGUACUUGUUCAAAAGGGAGAUGGGAAUGUGAGAACUUUGAGACACCUGUUGCCACAUGUGCAGUUGAGGAAGGUUCACAUUUCACAACAUUUGAUGGUACAGCCUUUACCUUUCAUGGAAACUGUCGCUAUACCCUGGCCAAGGUGGAAAGCAAGGAUGGAGCAAGUCCAAAUUUUACCAUCCGAGCCUUGCUGGAACCAUGUGCCCAAGAAAAGUAUGACACUUGUUUGAAGGCUUUAAAACUCCAUCUGGACGAUGAUUAUGUCUUAAAGUUCACAUCUGAUGGAACUGUUCAGCGUGAUCAAAAAACCUUGACUUUGCCGUACUUCUCAGGGGAAAUUAGAAUAUUUCAUGCUUCUUCCAUUAACAUCUUGCUUUAUGCCAAGUUUGGACUACAAAUUCAGAUCCAACGUUUACCUGUCAUGCAAGUCUACAUCAGUUUGGAAAAUAGCUACAAAAAUAAGACAAAAGGUUUAUGUGGUACCUUCAACGAUGUCUCUAAUGACGACAUGAUGACUCCACAGGGGGUCAUUGAAGGAUCUCCAUUAACUUUCAGUAACUCUUGGAAGGCUAACACACCAUGCUCAGAUAGAGAGGAAAGACGCAAUAAUCCCUGUGAUCAGAGUUUAAAGACUGAGGAUUAUGCCAAACACUGGUGCGAAAUGCUUCAAAAUCCAAAUGGUACAUUUGCAAACUGUCAUUCAGUAUUGGAUCCUAAAAUAUACUAUCAGCGUUGCCUUUAUUCAACCUGUAACUGUGAAAACAGUGAGGACUGCUUAUGUGCUGUCUUGACCUCUUAUGGUCGAGCUUGUGCAGCAAAGGGGAAGUUUGUGGCAGAUUUUCAAAAUGUUUGUGAGAAAUACACAAACAGCUGUCCAUCAACUCAGAUCUUCACUUACAAUCACCAGAGAUGCCAGCUGACCUGUAGUUCACUGAGCUCAGGACAGCAGAGCUGCACUUCACAUUUCUUGCCAGUGGUUGGCUGUUUCUGCCCUGAUGGUCUCUAUCUGAAUGAAAAAGACACUUGUGUACCCAAAGAAGAAUGUUCCUGUUUCCAUAAAGGAGAAUACAUUGAGCCAGGAAAGUCUAUCAACAUCAAUCAAUCAACAACAGCAACUAAGUCUACAACUAAAUCAUUGCCUAUUACCACCACUUCAACAUCAACUAAAAAACCACCUCCAACUGCAUCCACCCCAUGUGAACAGUGGGGUGUGCAGCAAAAUGAGAUGUUUUAUUUUUGCAACUGCACCAUGGCAAGAUGUAUUGGAGGCAAUAAAAUUGAAAUAGUUCCAUAUGAAUGUCCAACUAUGGAGCCCGUAACUUGUGCCAAUGGGAAAAACCCUGUUCUUGUAUAUGAUUAUUAUCAUUGCUGCCAACAUUAUGAAUGUGACUGUGAAUGCGAAGGCUGGGGAGAUCCUCAUUACAUUACUUUUGAUGGCAAAUACUACAGUUACCAAGGAAACUGUACCUACUAUUUGAUGAAAGAAAUUACACCAAUGCAUGGCUUAGAAAUUUUAAUUGAAAAUGUCCAUUGUGACCCUACUGAAGAUGUUUCCUGUCCUCGAGCUUUAAUUGUGAAUUAUGGAGCACAAAGUAUCAAACUGAUCAACUUUAAUCUUGGUGGACGACCUGAUUUGAAGGCAUUUAAAAAUGAAGAUGUAGAAAAUCUAAGGCUCCCUUAUUGGAAAGAUGGUGUUAAAGUGAUGAGCACUAAUAUUAACUUGGUGUUAGAGAUCCUUCGUCUAAAUGUGGUUGUUAAAUUUGGAAGAACUGGCUUCAGUAUCAACCUUCCAUAUAAGUACUUUGGAGGAAACACACAGGGUCAUUGUGGAACUUGCUCCAACAAUCAAGAUGAUGACUGCAGAUUGCCUAGCGGUACAGUAGCAGAAAAUUGCGGUGUGAUGGCCGACGACUGGCUUCUGAAGAAAGAUAAGGGAAAAACUGGCUGCAUACCUAAACGUACACCUCCACAGAAACCAUGCAAACAAAAUCCAGAUUCUGUUUGUGAACUGCUUAAGGACCCCUCAGGUGCCUUUGCUGAAUGCCAUUCCCAGAUCUCUCCAGACAAUUUCUACAAAGGAUGCGUUUUUGAUAGCUGCUAUGUUCACAACCGGGCAGUGGAGUGCACAAGUUUGGAGACUUAUGCUGCUGCCUGCGCAGAGAUUGGAAUUUGUAUUGACUGGAGGAAGUACACUAAUAUAUGUGCCAGCAACUGUCCAUCAGGCAAAAUUUAUAAAUCUUGUGGACCUGCAGACCAACCAAGCUGUGAGGACAAUCCUAACGAUCCAGUCAUGAACUACACUACUGAGGGCUGCUAUUGUCCUGAAGGAAUGAAACUGUUCAGCAAAGAAUCAAAUAUUUGCGUUAAAAGUUGUGGAUGUCUUGAUCCCAAUGGGAAGCCCCGUGAGUUCAACGAGACAUUUGAAUACAAAUGUCAGGCCUGUGUGUGUGACGAAUCCACCAAAACUGUGAUCUGUAAGCCUAAAACGUGCCCACCCGCUGCUUUACCAAGAUGCAUGGAUCCAGGAUUUGUUCUUGUCAACCAAACUGAUCCAUCAAAUCCCUGCUGCAAUGUCCAUGUUUGCCAAUGUCAGAGCCAUGCUUGUCCGGACAUCAACAUGAACUGUGAUGUUGGCUUUAUGCCAAACAUCAGUGUUCCAGAGGGAAAAUGCUGUCCAGAAAGUACAUGUGAACCCAAAAGAGUCUGUGUGCUAAAUGAUGUUGAAUAUCAGCCUGAUUCUUCCGUUCCUGGCCAAAAAUGUGAGAACUGCUUCUGUUCCUCAAGCUCUUCAUCUGGUGGUCUGAUGGAAAUAAAGUGCGAGAAGCAGCAGUGCAAAGAAACAUGCAGAAGGGGAUUUGAAUAUAAAAAACCCAACUCAGAUGAUUGCUGUGGGACGUGUGUGCAGACCCAGUGUGUGUUCAUUGUUAAUGGCAAUGAGACACUCUUAAAGGAAGGAGAAACCUGGUCACCACCAGAAAAUAAAUGUGAAAGUAAGACUUGUGUUAAGAAUGGUGAGACUCUUACAGUCACCAGUAAGCAAAUCAUUUGCCCAGCAUUCCAAGAGAGCAACUGCAAGAAUGACACAAUUCAGACUGCAGCAAAUGGCUGCUGCAAAAUCUGUGUGGAAAAAGAGAAGGCCUGCAGUCUGGUUAGCCGGACAACUCCUAUCAACUACAAUGGCUGUCAGUCUGAGUUGAAUAUGCCGUCAUGUGAAGGAUCAUGCGACACUUUCACUAAAUACUCUGACGCAGCAGGUGCUAUGGAGCAUUCCUGCUCCUGCUGUAAGGAGAGAAGUGCCAGCAACCGCACUGUUACCCUGGCGUGUAACGAUGGUGCGCACGUCCAGUUCACUUAUGUGCAUGUGGAGGAGUGCGGCUGUGGUCACACAGAGUGCACCACACCUGCAGCACUGCAUGUUCGCAGAAAGCGACGCUUCACACUGCAGUGACCCAAUCCUCUGUCCUCACAUGUGGGAUACAGAUGUAUCUCCAAGAAUCAUUUAAUUAAUCAUUAAAUCUCUA